GGAUAAGAUGGCAGGGAUAUUAGAAUCCCCACAGGGACCACGUUCACCACCACCAACAUCAUCACCAUAUAAAACAUCUCUCUUUCACUCUCUCUCUCUUUUUUAGAAAAUCAAUAUCACAGAAAGAGACUUUACAAGAAGGGAAACUUCAAUUUAGCCUUCUUAUAAUCAACUAUUUCUUGUGAGUUUUUUUUUUUUUUCUUCCCCAAUUUUAAUCCUUUCAUUUUCAGUAAAUUAACGGGGUUUUAUUGGAGUUAUAAUCAAGCCCAUGUUGAUUUACGCUGAUUCACACAUACACACAUACUGAAGCAUUCCAGAGUUUUUGUCUGUUUAUGAUCAUUUGUCAUUUACUUUGCUUCUGUAUUGACAUCAGUCUCGACACUUGUGCCUGCCAUUUUUAGUUUUGGAUUCUUCUUGCCCUUUAAAUUCUUGCUUUAAAAACCCCCCAGAAAAAAGUUCAAUUGUCAACAUACACCGUUCGAAAUCGAGACUAAAGUUACAAAAUACAUCAACUUUUAGCAUUAGGGUUUGUCAUCCGUUGCUGCUGAUAAUUGGCAGGUUCUCUCUUACUGAUUGUGAUAUGGGCUUUCCCAACUCCUCUCAAGCAAUCGUAUAUUCCGGCUCUUAAGCAUGGAGGUUCAUCAUUUCAACAACACCAUGGAGACUCGUUACGAGAACGGAAUCGGAAUCGGAAUCGGAAACGGACAUUACAGUCCGAGACACAACUCUUACCACUCGACCCCAAAACACUCUCUAUCUUGGCUCGAUUUAAGAGUUUGCUACAUUCGAAUCAGCAAAUGUGAUAUCAACAAUGAAUCAACCCCUGAACAUCUAACACUUAACCAUGUCCCACUUAACCGUGACACUUUACUUGAAGUCAAUGGUGUAAGAACUAGCAUCUACUCCGAUUGUGUUUCAACCCUUUUAAAGCGAGAUCGAUUAGACAAAAAGUCUGAGGAAGUUACAUUUGUUAGUACGGAUAGUUUUAGGACAACAGGAAGUGUGAAGUUUGAGGUUUUUGAUAAGGAUGUUCUUCUGGUUUCCGGGGUUCUUGAUUUGUGUCAUGGGAAUGGAAUUCAUGGGGAGUUGGCUUCAGAUGGUUGUGUUUCUAAAUGGAGAAUGGAAUGUGAGACGGAUAUGGUGGCGGGAAAUGGGUUUCUGAAAGGGGUGGAAUUGGAGACACCUGUGAUUGAAGUUUGUUUGGCUGGUAGUUUUGGUGGGAAUCCGAUAAUUUUGACGAAAAGUUUACAAGUUUUUUAUAGAAAGAAACAAACAAGGAAAGGGGUGCUUCAAGCUAUACCUGAAAAUGAAGCAAUUGUGAAUCAAGGAGAGGGUUCUUCUGGCCUUUCUUUGAAGGCUGCGGAUUACCCGAACUACAAGCAGGAACACGAGUACCAUAGUCUUUACUCCGGAAUGGAAUACGUGGAAGGUGAAGACGGAGAACUAUCGUGGUUUAAUGCCGGUGUGAGAGUGGGUGUCGGAAUUGGAUUGAGUGUUUGCCUUGGAAUCGGAAUUGGUGUCGGAUUACUAGCAAGGACUUACCAUGGUACUACUAGAAACUUCAGAAGACGACUUCUUUGAUUUGGGUGUUUACCAUCUAUUCCAAAACAACACAUCAAAAUAAGAAGGUUUUGUAAGAAAGUGGAGGCCUCUUGAAGCACAUUCCGUGAGGUUGGUUGAUUUUGUAGGUAUUAAUUUAGUUGCUGACAGGGUUGAUGUCGUCG